AUGUUAACUGGCAAGCCAAAAUCAACGUUCACUGUGUUUGCUAUGGUGUCAGUAAUUAUGGUACUGGUUAUCUGGUUAUGUAACGUAAACUUCGACCGUAUGGCACAAUCAGGUCCAGGGUGGAAACAUAGUUCCUACACAAAGGAGAUACCGACAAAUUCAAAAAACCCAAAUAUAAAUAUUAAUAUGAAAUAUGAGCCAUGGCAAGAAGAACAUUUCAAUGUGAAACAACAGCAACGAAAACAGCCGAACAGAACGUCGGAUGAAGAAUUCGUGAAGCGCAGACGGCGGGUAAAUUACGUCUGUUCUACGGGUCAGGUGUCAGGAAAUGUCAGCUUCGUUAUGAACGACAAACAGGCAGGAAUCAUUUACUGUAGUGUACCUAAAGCCGGCUGUACAUUCUGGAAGCGGGUUUUUACGGCUGUCAAUUCCAAAAAUGAUUCUUUAAGAGAAUCAAUCAGAUUCUUGUCCCGUGAAGAAGUACAUAGCCAGUAUAUUCAAAGGUUUCAAUACAACAGUACGGAUUUUCCUAAAAAAACGUUCCCAACAAGACUCAUCGUCACAAGAGACCCAUACUCUCGACUAUUGUCUUCCUACUUAGACAAAAUUUAUCUCCCAGAUUUUUGGAUUUCGGAAGUUGUGAAAAUGGUUAAAACCCUGCCAAACAAUACAUCUUCGAUUACAAGCCAGGAUUUUUUAAGAAAUCACUUCAACGAAAUGGCUAAUGUGUUUAAAAACAAGUCAGUAAUAAGUAGAAUAACAACAGCAGCUCAAAGCCACUGUGGCAAAUAUAUGACCUUUUCUGAAUUUGCUGAAAGUGGAUUUGAGAACGAGGAGCCACACUGGACACCGAUUCACAAAAUCUGCAAUCCAUGCAAAUUUCUUGCUACACACAUCAGCAAAAUGGAGACUUUCUCUGCGGAUGCUAGAGCCCUUCUCUCGCUGAUGCAACUGGAAACUGUCAUGGACAACUUAGACGACGACAACGCUCAAAUUGAUGAGGAAAUCAACAUCAUCAGUUCCUACAACUUUCAUCACUUCUACAGAAAUGUGACACUCACAUUCUACAAGCCUUGCCUCUUUCCAAAGGAGAUAGCCUACCGCUUGUGGUACAACUUCCGAUGGAGAGGCUAUAUCGAUCCAGACGUUGACUACAAGCUCCCAGAGCUGACAGAUCUCAAGGAUAUCGAGGAAGAUUUUAUGGUCCAGGUUAGGGCAGCAAGGAAAUCUGGGCUUCAGAACCCGAAUAAAAUGAAGGCAACUAAGAAUGAAUUUAGAAAAAAAGCUUUUCUGUCUUUAUCGAAAGCAAUGUUUGAGAAAUUAAGCCAAAAGUAUGCAAUAGAUUUUGAGUUAUUUGGUUACACUGAUAUAAGAGAUGAGUUGUAUUCAUUUUACAGUGGCUAG